AUUCAUAAGAUCGAUUCGGUCAUUCGGUGCACAUGGGAUCUGAUGUUACUUGGAUCAAAAGACAAAAACAUGCAAAGUACAUCAUUUCUUCAGACAGCUAUUCCACGAAUGUUAUAACAAUUCAACGCGUAUUGUUAGCUCUAUUAGUUUACAGUACAGAACGAUAAUGCUCAGGACCAUUUCUCUUCUCAAUCGAUUAAUGCACAGACACAACGGAGUGUCAAAACACAGAAGGCUGUGGUCAAGUGCAGCAGAGGGCGCUGUCGCUCCUCCAGCAGACCGCAGUCUCACAGCAGAGCAGGCGGUCAGACUAUGGGCUCAACAUUUCACUCUACACGGCAUUUCAGAGCCUCUUCUCUCUAGCCAGUACAUCAUAUCUCAUGUACUAGGCGAAAAAACUCUGGAACGUGUGCAGAGGAAAAGGCUGAGAGACACCCUGACUGACGGGGAGAGAGAAAGAGUGUGGGAAUUAUGCUCCAAACGCCUCACAAGGAUGCCUGUACAGUAUGUGAUUGAGGAAUGGGACUUCAGAGACCUGACCCUAAAGAUGAAACCUCCCGUGUUCAUACCCCGUCCUGAGACAGAGGAGCUGGUUAGUCAGGUUCUCGAGGACCUCCGGUUGAUAUCACACAGGACUGAUUUACGAUGUCUGGAGGUGGGCUGUGGAUCUGGAGCCAUCUCUCUCAGUUUACUACGCAGCAUUCCACAGCUCAGGGUAUUUGCUUUGGAUCGAAGCCAGACAGCAGUAUGUCUUACAAGGGAAAAUGCAAACAGACUGGGUCUGCAGGGCAGGCUAGAUGUUUACCAUUUAGAUGUGAUUAAGGACGCAGAUGCGAUUCUGAGCAAAUGUGACCCUGUUGACUUUCUAGUCAGUAACCCUCCCUACUUACUCAGUCAGAACAUGGAGACUUUACAAACAGAGAUACUCAGGUUUGAAGACCACAGUGCAUUGGACGGGGGUUUGGACGGGCUGUCUGUGAUUCGCCCCAUUCUGGCUCUGAGCUCGAAGCUCUUAACUCAGCGAGGGCGUAUUUACCUCGAGGUGGCCCCAUGCCAUCCUCCAGUCAUUGAGCAGCUGAUAAAGGAGAUGAGGCUGGGGUUGCUUUAUCUGGAAACCCGCUGUGACUUCACCAACAGGCCACGAUUUUGCGUUCUACUGAAGAAAGGAGAGGAUGACUGAGCUAAAGGACAGAGGAAAUACAGGCACGGAAACGAUCAUUUGGUACAACACCACAGUAGGAAGAGCUAGAGACUUCACCAUUAGCAGUUGCCCAUAAAAAAAACAAAAAAAUGCCUUCAGCCAAACUGCAUACGGCACACUGCCAGUCUCCCUGCCAUCCUGCCAGUUCCCAGCAUGCACCGACUUAAAAACCUGCCAAUCCUACCGAGAAGCUCCUUCCUAAAAGCCAGCGACCUCGGGGUUCUAUUUGUUUUGUGCUGUAACCUACUGUUGUUAUAGUUUCUAUCUUCGCUUUGCUUUUAAUUGGUGUGUGUGUGUGUGUGUGUGUGUGGCUGUGGUUUGUUGUGGUGAGAUUGCAUUGAUUGUGAGUGCUCAGUGUGCAAGUGUCAGGGUGCAGUAGGCUGAAGGUAAUUAUUGAGGCCUUUUCUAAGAACUCCCCCUCCCGGUCCUGCGCUAGUCUCUCCCUGGAAGUAAUGCGCUCAUUCUGCGAAACAGCUGGCCCAUUGCCGCUAGCUCGCUUGCUCAGCUAGCCCACAACGACAGACAGAGAAUCCGCAAUGUGUACAAGUAUACACUAAUUCUGUCUGUUCUAGUCUGCUAAUGAGCGAAACAGAAUUAUACGCACUGCCUUUUCUGUUUCUGUAAUUUUGUAUUAAACAUGUAAUAAAUAUUUAUAUUUUAA